GCAGGGGCAUCUCGCUCGCCGAGAGCGUGCACUCAAUAGCCCCAUGGAUAUAAAGUUUUUGCGAGCCCCAGACCAUUAUGGCAGCGGUUCGCAAAACCAGCUGUUGUGGCAGCGGCAGCGGCCGUGGCACACGCCCGAGGCAGCAGAAGGUCCACGGCCGCGUGGUGUCCGCGGCUGCAGAGGCGGACGCGGUGGUGGUCCGGUCGCUGGUGCAGGCGGUCUUCGCCGCGGUGAUCGCGAACGCGGCCGUGGUGCCGGCGGUGGUGGUUGACACCAACCCCUUCCGCAUGCUGGUGGACCAGGACGCGAUGGAGGACAAGCCUGACGACGAUGAGGUGAUGCCGGACCUGACGCCGACGGCGCUGGACGCUGCGGCAGCUGCGGCCCGGCGUGCGGCCCCCAAGCGGAGCCGGGAGCAGGCGCAGGCGGCGGCCGCGGCGGGCGAGGCGGCGCUGGCGCUGGCCAUCCGGGAGAGCAACGCGGCCAAACAGGCCCUGGCGGCGGCGGCGGUGGUGCAAGCCGCCGCAACAGCCGCGGCGGCGGCGGCAGCAGCGGCCGGGGCGGCGGGCACCCCGGCGGCGGCCGAGGCCGGGGCGGCCGCGCGCGGCGGCGGCCGCGGCAGUGGGCGUGAGUGGCACGAUGACCGCCGUAGAGGCCACCGCUGCGGCUGGCGUGGAGGCGGCCUCGCCGCCGGCCGCGCGCCGGUGUCAACGGCGGGCUUGGGUGGCAUCGUGGGCCCGGCGGUACUGCCCGCGGGGUGGAGCGGCGGCGGCGGUGUGGGUGAUGAGGGCCUGGCGGGCGGCGUCGGGCAGGGGCUGCUGGUGGAUGCGGAGGCAGCGCCGGAUGUCAACGCGAAGCUGCAGUGUCAGGGCCGGCGGGGCGGUCCUGGCGACUUCAUGGACAACGUGCGGGGGCUGCGGAAGCGGGUGCCCCACCUGGGGUGCUCGCGCCUGCACGCCCUGCUGAGCUGCUGGGAGCGGCAGCACCUGGAUGUGGUAUGUCUCCAAGAGAUGCACGUUCUUGACUCGGACAUUGACCUUGUCACGGCGGACCUGGCGGCAGCCGCUCAGCGGCUGCAUGCACGCGAGUGGACUGCGUGGUGGGCGCCGGCCCAGAAGCCGGAGGGCCGUCGUGUUACUGGCGGCACGGCAAUCCUCAUUCGUUCGAGCCUUCUGCAGCAAGGCGCCAUGGUGCUCACUGGCGGCGCAGCUGCCGUGUCGGUGGCGGCUGGCGCGUGGGCGGGCCGCGGUGUCAGUGUGCAGUUGCAGUGGGGUGGCCACACCUUCACGCUAACGUCAGCCUAUUUUCCCCUGGUAUCCACAGCGCAGCAGGCUUUCAUUCGUGAGUGGGUGGGCCCGCGGGCGUCGGGCUCGGGCGAGCACCUCCUAGCAGCUGACUUCAACUUUGUGGCAGAUGUGGCGCUAGACACAGUCACUGGCCGGGCGCGCAGCGACGGGCCCGCAGCCGCCGCGCUGGCGGCGGCGUGCCCUGGCCUCAUUGACGUGUUACGGCGGCGCCACCCGGCUCGCCGCGUGUGUACUUUCUUCCACCCCCACGGGGCGAGUCGGCUGGACCGCAUCCUGUGCAGCGGCGGCCUCGAACCGCAGGUCCUGGAGUGCGGCGUCGCCGCAGGGGUGCCCUCCGAUCACAUGCUUGUGACGGUUGCCCUUGCGGCGUCGCCUGAAGCCGCGCCACCCGCUCGGAGCCUGCCCAGGUCCCACCUCGGUUUCCGGGACUUCAAAGACUUGGAUCGUGACUACCGUGCCUGGCUGGGUACGGCCCUGGCGGCACGCCCUACCGAUCCUGUUGAGCUGCUGGAGUGGUGGCCGGCCCUUAAACGGGCUGCCGCCACGUCCGCCAACCGCCUGAGCCGGAAAGCUGUUACGAGGCGUGUGGCCGCCAGCCAGCAGGAGGCGGCCGCGCUUGCGGCGGCGGCAGCAGCCGCCGCCGCGGUGGAGGCUGGUGGUGAUGUGCAGGUGGCGGCGCAGGCGGCCGUGCGUGCGCGAUGCACGGCGGCGGAGGCCGCCGUGACCGCGGCCGCCGGCGCGGCGCGACGUACGCGCCACGCGUGGCUGCGUGGCGGCGAGAAGCCCUGCCCUCUCCUCACGCGCAUGCUGAGACCGGCGCGCGUGAUUGCCAAGUUGAAACAGCCCGGUGGCACCACUACAUCCGACCCCACGGUCAUGGGGCAGGUGAUGGCGCGGUACUGGAGGGACAUCAGUGCCGCGCCGCCGCCCGCUCCAGACGCCCGCACGCAAGUCCUGGAUGCGCUGCAACAGCACGGGCGCCGGUGUACAGCCGAAGAGGCGGAUCAGCUGGGGCGGGUUGCGGUCUCGGCGGCGGAGGUGCGCGCGGCGCCGCUAGCCGCUGCGCCGGCUGGGCGCGCGGCGGGCCCUGACGGCAUACCGGUGGAGCUAUACCAACACUAUGACAGCGGGGACCGUGCUACAAAUGGCUCCACAGUUAGCCGCCCUGAAGGCUAAGCAUUUGCAAUAUGUGUGCGACGCGGGUGUGUCGGGGGUGGGGGCUGCCCUGGCGGCGGGGGCCUUCGUGUGCACCUUGGCCCGCUUGUGGUCGCUGAAAUGGGAGAAUCAUCAUAAGGAAGCACUGUGGCGUGUGGCCGCCAACGCUUGCUGGGCGUUUCCACGGCAUGCUAGCGAGCGGGCGCGAGGCGUUGCUGUUGACCCGUGUUGGGCGUGUGGGGUUGACAUGCUGGAUGGGGACCGGCGUCACUGGUUUUGGGACUGCACUGUUGCGCUGUCCCUGCGGGAAAACAUGGGGAUGGCUAUGGGUUUCAUGCCAGAGGAUGCUCUAAGUGCCUUCUCUCGUGAGGAGUUGUGGUUAGUGCGCCCGCCUGCGGGGCUUGCGCCACCUGUGUGGGAUGUGGUGUGUCUCGCUGCUAUGUCUGCCCUGGACUUUGGUCGGCAGCGUAUGGUUAUGGCCGGGCUGGCGGCGCGAGCGAAGCUGCCGUCGGCCCGGGUGCUGAGCAUUGGACUUGCCGUCGUAGCUGACUUCUGGGGUCGUCUCCAGACGUUUGUGACUUUGGGUAUCAGGCCAAAGGGUUGGGACACUGUUCCGUCUGCGCAUCCUUUCAUCUCUCGGGCUGUUGGUGAAGGCAUGGUAUUGCGCUUGCCGUAUGACGCUGAUUCCCCGCCUCCCUCACCGUGAGAGGUUGUGGGUGGUUGGGGGCUUGUUGUGUGGGCAGGACGCACGUGUGGGCGACCGUUCUAGUGCCUGGACGCUUGCGCCCUGGUUAGUGCGUGCGCUGUGCGUGUGUGCUGCGGCCUGGACGAUUCCCGGCACUUCUGUGCCUAGGCUUGUGGCGUUGAGGCACAGCGGUGGGGCUCUGGCGGGUUGAGGCUUGGCUAGGACUCACUGUGCGCGGAGUCACACGGACGUUGACCGCGGGAGGGUUUGCAGCAAAGUCGGGGUUGGUGGAGUCAAGUUGGGCCCUGAUAGCAUGUGAUGGCUCGGUGUCGUCGGGUGCUGGGACUGUCCCCUCUGUAACAUCCGCAUUCG